GCAGCCGGAGAAGGCGAGGCCUCCCCAGAAUACAACUCCCAUCUCGACCCUCGCACAACGAGCCAAUCUGAAUAUGUGGGAGGAGCGCGUCCGCCCACAAAAGCCACAGCUAUCUCCCCCUUAAAACAAAUAUCAAUUGUGCAUGUUACAUAAAAAAAAAAAGGGAGAAUAACAGGCGUUAAAAUACAAAAACACUGCGGCUGGUUUUCGGGGGAGCGACGGACGGAGACGAGGCGGUGAGAGGAGCAGCGGCGGCGGAGAGGAGAGGGUGUUGUCCUGGUGCUUAGAUGGAAGAAGUGGGUGGGCCCUCCACUGUCACACUGACAACUUCUCUCUGGAUGUUAUUCUGAUAAUUUGCUCGUUUAUGGACUGGGCUGUCCGGUAAGAGAGGUCUGCAGGCUGGUGUUCACGGGUGGUGUUCACGGUGUUCUCCGGUAUCUGCGUUCCUGGUUGUGUGUGCUUGGCACCGCCCUUCCUGGCCAGUGGGUGGUUUCGUCAAACGGGGAGAUCCGCCGCAGCCGAAACAUAUAGGCCCGUCCUCCGCCUCCGUACCCGGCCGGCCUUCUACCGUGAACUACACCCUCUCCCUCCCGGUAUAUUAAUGCGUUAUGAGUGACUCCAAGAAGGAAUCAUCUGGAACUGAAGGAGGGAAAGCAUCUAAGAAGGGGAAAAGUUCUGGAUCGCAGGAUUCCUCACAGCCCUCUCCGUUGGCUCUGCUAGCGGCCACCUGCAGUAAGAUCGGAGGGCAGGGGGGAGCGGAGGGGGCCCAGGCCCAGGUGGGGGCCCAGCAGUUCCAGGUCCAGGCUGGUCAGAUCCAGCUGCAGCCAGGUCAGCUCCAGGGUCAGAUAGUGUUGGACACAUCUGGAGGUCAGACCCUGGUGCCCCAGCAGCUGGAACUGGUCCCAGCUCAGUUUACGGGGAACGGGUGGCAGAUCAUUACAGCAGCCCCUACUAUGGCCAAAGAGAACACCAAUCAGCCUGUUGCUGUGACCGUGGCCACCACCUUGGCUAAUGACAGCUCACCGGGUGGACGCAAGGUGAAGCCUUUGGGUGGGACAAACUGCAUUGCAGCCAAUCAGCAACAGCAGCAGUUCCAGAUCAUCCAGGUCCAGAACCUGCCCAAUGCCGGGGGCGGGGUCCAGUAUCAGGUCAUCCCUCACCUGCAGACUGCAGAUGGGCAGCAGAUCCACAUCAGCCCAGCUCAGACAGCCUCCAUCGGGGGUGUACAGGAGCAGGUCCAGCUCAUCCAGACCCAGAGUCCCGGCCAGACCCAGACUAUCCUCCAGCCAGCCAACCAGCAAGCCAUCCUGACAAGUACAGCCAAUCAGACGGUCCCGCUGCAGAUCCGCCCUGCACAGUCUUUCCCACUGCAGCUGCAGACCCUGCAGGGCUCCCAGACUCCUGUUAUGACCACAGUACCCAUAAACCUCGGAGGCAUGACCCUGGCUUUACCAGUGAUAAAUAAUAUUGGAGGGGGCGGGGCCAUGCAGCUUAUCCAAUCAGCAGAUGGCACAUUCUCUGUUGCCAACGGCAACCAGCUGGUGACAACAAUGUCUGGGCCAGCUCCUGUCACAGCAUCAAGUGGCUCGACAGUGGUAGCCGAAGGUGACAGCAUGUCUGACGUGACACAUGUGGUGUCUGCUGGAUCAGAGGGUGGACCAGCUGACACCCAAGUUCAGAGCAGCGAGGCAGACUCUCAAAGCCAGAACCAGGCCAAUGGGCUACAGAACCAGAUCGACACAGCAGGAACCAUCCAGCAAGUGAUAGUGGGCCAAAUGGGGCACCAGUUGGUGCAGCAGAUCCAGCUGCAGCCUCAGGGUCAGGCCCAGGGGCAACAGCAACAUCAGCACAUUCAGACCCUCCAGCUGGCCCCAGGACAAACCCUGCAGCCCAUCCAGGCCUUCCAGAACCAAACCCAGGUCCUUAUCCGUACUCCAACUCUGUCCCCAUCUGGGCAGAUAACCUGGCAGACACUGCAACUGCCUGGAGGAGUCUCCCUGCAGGGCGGCCUCGGGGCGGCCAUGCCACAGCAGCUCACGCUGGCCCCCAUGGCCGGUGGGACGACAAUGGGGAGUGGAGGGCUGGUCUCCCUGAGUGGAACUCCCCUCACGCUGAGCGCAGCCCAGAUCAACCCGGGCUCUGGGGUACAGACGGUCAGCAUCGCAGGGCUGGGCACUGCUGGUGUUCAGAUGCAGGGUGUUCCCCUCACUAUUACUGGUCUACAGGGUCAACCACAGGGUCAAGAUGGGGUCAAAGUUCAGUCGUCUCCAGUGACGGUCACUGUCGGCAACGUGGCAUCAGGCUCGUCGAUGAGUCCAGACCAGCUGGGCUCAGUACAAAGUUCCUCGGACCAGGAGGGACCGCCCAGCAAGAGGCUCCGACGUGUCGCCUGCUCUUGUCCGAACUGCAGGGAUGGAGAGGGAAGGAAUAGCGGUGACCCCACAAAGAAGAAGCAGCACAUCUGCCACAUGGAGGGAUGUGGGAAAGUUUACGGCAAGACGUCUCACCUGAGGGCUCACCUCCGCUGGCACACCGGCGAGAGGCCGUUCGUCUGUAACUGGAUCUUCUGUGGCAAGAGGUUCACCAGGAGCGACGAGCUGCAGAGACACCGGAGAACACACACGGGAGAAAAGCGUUUUGAGUGUCCCGAAUGCUCCAAGCGCUUCAUGCGCAGCGACCACCUCUCCAAGCACAUCAAGACCCACCAGAAUAAGAAAGCCGGAGCUGCGGUGGCAAUCAUCACCACUGAUGACAUGGAGGAAGAAGCCCCUGAAGGCCUGGACGCCUCCCCUCAGAUUGUCGCCGUGGCGACCCUCUCACGUGACUCUGACCCCGCUACACCCACCACAUCUAAUCACAUGGAGGAGGAGGAGGAAGAGGAGGAAGAAGAGGGGGAGUUUCAAUAGGCAACUGACUCCCGUUUCUUUGCUGAAGGCUGACUUCCUGUUUUUUUGGGAGUCUUUGCAGGGACUG